CAUAAAUUAGUCUCAGAAUCCCAGCUCUCCUCAAUGACUCACUGUCCGCUAUAAUACAAACAGGAGCACGCUUUUAAAACAUUGAGCAAGAUACAAAACACCCCUCUAAUAAAUGUCACCUUGGUACGGUCAGCAGUUUUGUAGUUUUGGCAGCUGGAACAUAUUUAAUUAUAUUGAUUUUUGGGAUUGCUUUUCAUCCAGUUGUCACAGCGCAUAGGAAGCAGCAGAGCUGAGAGUGGAAGAUAUGGCCCCACCAGUACGGAAUCUGAAGAAUCAGAAUUUUUGGCAGCUUAAAAAUGAAUGUAUGAAAACUGGAGCUUUGUAUGAAGAUCCAGAAUUCCCAGCAUCAGAAGAAUCGUUAUUCUACAGCAAAUCUCCUACCGAGCAAAUAGAGUGGAAACGCCCUGGGGAACUCUGUGAUGACCCUCACCUGUUUGUGGAUGGAGUCAGCCAACAUGACUUGCACCAAGGAAAGCUGGGAAAUUGCUGGUUUGUGGCUGCCUGCUCCUGUCUUGCUCUCAGACAGACGCUCUGGAAUAAGGUUAUUCCACAAUGGAAGAGACAGGAGUGGGACCCAAAAGAACCACACAGAUAUGCAGGAAUUUUCCAUUUCAAGUUCUGGUGUUUGGGGGAAUGGGUCGAUGUGGUCAUUGAUGAUCGCUUGCCAAGCAUAGACGGGAGUUUGAUCUAUUGCCAUUCCAAUGUGAAGAAUGAAUUCUGGAGCGCACUGCUGGAGAAGGCUUAUGCCAAGUUGGCAGGAUCAUACGAAGCCCUUGAUGGUGGCAGCUCAGCUGAUGCCAUUGUGGAUUUCACUGGGGCAGUUGCAGAAAGUGUUGACCUAACAGAUGACAACUACAGAGUUAAUAUAAUUGAACAAACAAAAUUGUUUGAGGAGCUCCUGAAAGUUUACAGAAGAGGUGGGCUGAUCUGCUGUCAUAUCAAGGCUCCCUCAUUCAGGGACACAGAAAAAGUGACUCCUCUGGGACUUGUUAAAGGACACGCAUAUGCUGUAACAGAAAUUAAGAAGGUAUCUCUGGGAGAGAAGACCCUUUGUUUUGGAAAGACCUCCAAACUAUUUAUGGUUAGAAUGAGGAAUCCAUGGGGCAACAGAGAAUGGAGAGGUGCGUGGAGUGAUGAAUCUGAAGAAUGGAAAAAAGUUAGCGAAUAUGAGAAAAGACAGCUCGGUCUGGAUUUGCAAAAUGAUGGCGAGUUCUGGAUGACUUUUGAGGAUUGGUGUAAGAAUUUCACCCAUGCUGACGUGUGCCGGAUAAUAAACACAUCAAUUCUCAGCCGACACAAAACAUGGGAGAAAGGGGAGGCCCGUGGGAAGUGGACAAAGAGUGAAGAAGUUUUGUUAAACCGCUCUGGAGGAUGCUUCAAUUACAAAAGUACUUUUUUCCAGAAUCCGCAGUAUAUGUUUGAAAUAAAGAAAGAGGAAGACGAAGUAUUGGUUUCUCUACAGCAGCAAGACCAGUGGAUUAACAAGUCUAGAAAAGGAGACCGUUUUAUUAUAGGCUUUGAGAUUCUGAAGGUGGAACAGAACAGACAGUAUCGAAUCCACAAGAUGCAUGGACAGGAAAGGGCUGCAUCCUCUCCCUACAUGAACCUGAGAUCCAUUGUUUUGAGGAAGACAUUGAAGAAAGGUCGAUAUGUCAUCAUUCCUACAACCUUUCAUCCUGGCACCAUCUGUGACUUCAUCCUCAGACUCUUUACAGAUGUGACAUCUGAAUUCAGGGAGCUGCUGCUUGAUAAACCCAGUGUGACCUGCUGGAGCAUCCUGUGGGGAUACCCUCAGAGAGUCACCCAGGUGUGGAUACAGAAAGUGGAAGGAGUACAGCAAGAGGGCAGAACACAAGGAACUGACCUAUACAUUACCGUUAAAUGCGAAAGUGAGAGGGUUAAAUCCGAAGUCCACAAAAAUACCACCAAUGCUGUCUUUGAUAUGAAAGCCAUCUUCUAUCGCAAGAGACUCAAUGUACCGAUUGCUGUUCAGGUCUGGGGGAGCAGUAUCUUGUGUGACCAGUUCCUGGGCCAAGUGCUCCUGGCUGCAUCGCCUAAUGACCCAAAGGAAGAGCAGAUUCUGCAGCUGCACAACAAGGAUGGCCAAGCAGCUGAAGAGAUGCCAGGCCGGAUAACUGUCAAGAUUGUCUCUUCCGAUGACCUACAUGACCUGUGAAUGUGCGAGAGUCCUCCAGACACAGACACGGCUGCAAGCGAGAGACAGUCUAACAGCUCUGUGCAGAUGAUGUCUCCUCUGUUCACAUGCCCAAGAGAUUCACAUCUAUGCUAUACAGGACUGCUGCAAUCCAGGAGUAAACUUACCAUGAAAAA